AGUUAAUUUUAACGUGUAAAGACAACCUAUUAUUUCGGCAAAAAUGAGCCAAUAUAAACCAGCAGAUUCAAAGCGUGAAGAAUUUAGGAAAUAUCUAGAAAAGGCUGGUGUCAUCGACAGCAUGACGAAGGUUUUGGUGGGUCUCUACGAAGAACCAGAAAAGCCGAAUAAUGCUUUAGAUUAUCUGAAAAAACAUAUAGGCAGCGAAGGUCCCGAAUCUGCUGAUUUUGAAGCUUUGAAAUUGGAGGUUUCGGAAUUGAGAAGAAAAGUCGAAGAAUUAACUGAAGAAAAUGGGCAAUUGAAGAUGAGAUUGCAAACUUACGAACCUGAAAAAGAAGAAAAUACUUCACCAGAGGCCUAG